UAUUGGCCAAUAAUUGCACUAUUGCUUAUUAUUGCAGUGUUCUAAAAUAAAAACUUACAAUGUUGAAUUUACAUUAAUAAAGAAUGGUCUUUAAAUUUAAAGUAGAAUAGUUCUUCUAUGGAAUGCAUAUCUAAAACAAACCGCCGUACAUAUUUAGAAAUAUUAGUAAGAUGGCAAUAUCAGCAAUAUAUUUUAAUAUAACCAAAUCCAAUUAUGCGCAAUUGUUUAAAACAACACUCUGCCUAGCUAUUCCAAAUGUUCAUGCUACAAGGACAAUUAUAUCUUCUACUUACAUUCUACAGAAAAAACUUUCAAUCAAUAACACCAUUGGCAGUACAUUAGAUUCAGUUUCUACAGCUAAGAAAAACCUAAUUUCUGAAAUGAAAUUUGAGUCUGAAAGUCAUGCUGCACCCUUUUGUAAACUGCCAAUUAAAAGUUUACUUCUAAUAUAUAAAACAACUAAACAGGAUCAGGAAAGUGGUUGUUGUAACAACAGGCUGUAUUAUAUUGCUUCUCAUUUGAAGUGCCCACCUGGUAUGUUAAGUGAUCGCCUUGCAAAAAGGUGUUUUAUUUAUAGCUUAUCUUUCGACUGGCUGGAAAAAUCAUUAAAAGUUUUGCUAGAUAAAGGAGUAUCUCCAGAUAGAAUAUUACGAGAUUUGUGGGUGUUAAAAUAUCAUCAUCAAACUAUAGAAGAUAGAUUGAAAAGAAUACAAGAUUUGGGUAUUGACACCCUGUAUCCAUGGAUGGUACGAUGCUCUGAGGAUAUAUUGAAUAGGUAUAUAGAAAUUUACCAAGAAACCAAAAGCAUUUUAGGUAAUGGACUAUCAACAAAGGGUUAUAUAGCUAACCGCUUAAAUACUUCCAUAGAUACAAUAGAUGAAAUAUAUGCUAAAGUGCCAGCAUUUACAAGGAUAAGAGUCAGCAAGGUAAAGAAAUUUUUGGAUUUUCUAUUUGAAGAAGGAUUCACAAUUGAAGAUAUAUUAUGUAAGCCAAGAGUAUUAUGCGCCUCACAAAAAACAGUAAAAGAGAGAUUAGAAAUACUAAGGGGAUUAGGACUAAAAGAUAUCAAUCUCAAUGUUCUAUGUAGAAGUAGAAAAGAUUUUAGAAAAUAUUAUGAGAGUUUACUAACAGUAACCAAGGAUGAAAAAAAGCAAUCAUAAACUUUAAAUAAAAAGACAUUGUUUUAUUUA